ACGCAACAAUUCCAGAUCAUAGUCGCCAUAUUCCAAUCUGUCUAAUCUGAAAAUUCAGUAAGUAAAUAUUCGUAUUUGAACGGAAUCGUGGUGAAAUUGGGCGAAAUUGUCGGAAAAAGCCGAAAGAUCUAGAAAUUGCGUGUGACCGUAUUGAGCAGUCGAAGCCAUGUCAGUGUUGAACCAGAGCGGCGAAGAGCAAGUGGAGUGCCCCCUCUGCAUGGAGCCUCUGGAAGUGGACGACCUCAACUUCUUCCCGUGCACUUGUGGCUACCAGAUCUGUCGGUUCUGCUGGCACAGAAUCCGCACCGACGAGAACGGGCUGUGUCCAGCGUGCCGCAAGGCCUACUCGGAGGACCCCGCCGACUUCACGCCCUUGUCGCAGGAGCAGGUGGCCAAGCUGAAGGCCGAGAAGCGCCAGAGGGACCAGCAGAGGAAGGCGAAGCUGAGCGAGAGCAGGAAGCACCUGGCCAGCGUGAGAGUGGUGCAGAGGAACCUCGUGUUCGUGGUGGGGCUGCCGAUGCGGCUGGCCGACCCCGAGGUGCUCAAGAGGCACGAGUACUUUGGCAAGUUCGGGAAGAUUCACAAGGUGGUUAUCAAUCAGAGUACGUCGUAUGCGGGAUCGCAGGGGCCCAGCGCAAGUGCCUACGUGACAUACAUGAAGAGCGACGACGCGUUACGGGCCAUCCAGAGCGUCAACAACAUAACCAUAGACGGUCGCCUGAUAAAAUCCAGUUUAGGCACGACAAAAUAUUGCAGUCACUUUAUGAAAAACCAACCUUGUCCGAAACCAGAUUGCAUGUACCUCCACGAUUUUGGAGAUCCAGAAGCCAGCUUUACGAAAGAACAGAUGCACGCGGGGAAACACCAGGAGUACGAAAAGAAAUUGCACGAGGCGCUACUGCAGAGGAGCAACAAUAAUAACACUAAUAAUAGUAAUCAGAAUAACAUAACUCAAGGUCAAAGUAACACCACCACAACAGCAACCACCACGACGACGACUUCGGCAACGACGACAGAACAAACGAAAGCGACCUCAAAAAGCAAAGAAACGACGACGACGGGGGCGGCGGCGGCGGCGGCGAACGGAACAAACAAAGAGAACUGGCCACAGUUGACCGACAAAGAAAAAGAAAAGAAACAGGAAAAAACAGAAGGCAGUAAAGACAAACCAAAAGGCAAAAGCAAAGUCGCGAAAGAAAAGAAAGAGAAGAAGUCGGGCGAGAGCACAAGUCAAACCGCAAAGACGGAGAAGGAGAAGGAGAGCACGAGUAGCAAGAGCGCGAAAGAGGAGAGCAUCGAAAAGCUGUCGAUCCUCGACGACAAUUCCAGUUUCUUUUCGCACAACACUUUCCAGAAAAUCGUUCCAGAGAGCCGGGAGGACGACACCAGCCCGGCCCACCCCUCCCCCAUCCUGACCGACUCGAUGCCCGACAUCGGCACCAGCGAGGACUGGGCGGCGGCGUUCGGCUUCAACAAGAUCGAGACCCUCCAGAACUGCACCGAGAGCAGUUCGCCGAUAGACUCGUUCUUUCGUACGGACGACUUUAGGAACUUAAUCGAGGCGUCGAAGCUGCAAGACAACAUCAGGGACGCGCUGGCGAAGAAUAACGGGUACACGAUGAAGCCGCAACCGCAGACGCAGGACAGUUAUUUCGGGAAGGAGUCGGGGUUGGACCAGCACAUGUCGAAAUUUUUCAUGGACUUCCACCAGAAGAACGGCCAGAAAGAGAACUCGUACAAUAUGGGGGUGAAUCAUAGUAUGAACAGCGGUAUGAACGGGUUUAGUCAUCUGAACAACUACUUCAUGAAUCCGGAUCGGUUGUUGUUGUUGCAACAGAAGAAGUUGGAGGAGCAUCUGAUGAGUCUGUCGAUGAAGCAACACCAGAGUUACGGGCCGAUGAGCACGCACAGUAGUGGACAGUAUAGGAACGGGGACGUGGGGCAGAAUGGGUACGGUGAUCAGUGGUCCUUCCAAAGCCAACAGACGCAGAUGAGUAAGAGUAGGACACAUUCGGAGGACGAUUUGGGCUUCGAUCCGUUCCAAGAGACGCAGAAGGCGUUAGCGGAGUUAAUAGCGAACGAACAGAGUUAUAAGACACAUAAUAAUGUACGGAGCGGUAUGCCUAGCGGUCAAAUGAAUGGAGUAGUACACAAUCAAGGGAGUAAAAAUCACUUACCCCCGCCCCCACCCGGUUUCGUUCAGCCAACAACACAUAUGAAUUCGUUCGGUAGUAAAAUUUUACCUUUUUUAAAUAUGUCAAAUAAUCAACAACAAAUUAACUCGACAACACAAAAUUGGCCUAGCUAUAACGUGCAGGUGCAACAACAACAACAACAGCAGCAGCAGCAACAGCAACAACAACAACAACAGCAGCAGCAUAAAAAUAUGAACAGUAACGAUUGGAAAGAUUUCGACUCGGCAAUAGUCACGACCAGUCGUCACUACCCCCUAAUGCCCCCAAUCAGUAACCCCUUUAGGUCGUUACAACAACAGUUAGGCACACAACAAAUACCGAACGGAUCGCUAAGGUCCCACGAGUAUACAAAUAACGCAUUUUCAAAUUUCACACAACAACUCCAACAGCCAAAUUAUACUAAUUAUUCAUCACAUUUAAAUUCGACAUCGACAACACAACAACAGUCAAACUUGAGUUGGUUCACUAGCGAAUUAAAUACACAAAUAUCAAGUCCACCCGGAUUUAGAAGUAAUCAAACGUCGAAACAGCAGGAGUGUUAGAUCAGAUUAUUAAAGCAACCAAACUUGAUGCGAUGGUGUGUGGAUCCGUUAAAAUAUAUUAUUUCUUUCAUUUCGGUUUUUUCCUUUCCUUGUAUUCAGCUGCAGCGAGUCCGAGUUCUACGAUUUGUGCAAUAUGAAGUUAACAACGGAGUUUUCAGAAGAUCGGUUUUAAGUUUAUCGUUAUCGUGAUUUUCGUAUUUGGAUCCAUGCCGUUUAAUUCGUCUAAUCGGUGAAACAAGUACUAAGAUGUGCUUUAUUUUUAUUAUAAAAUUCUGUGGGUGCUUGGCCAACAAUCUUCAAAUGAUUAAAAACUAAUAUUAUCAUUAUAUUCAUUUGAUUAUAUAAAAUAAAACAGCUAAAUAUAUAAUACAAUAUCUGA